GGGUUUUAGAGUCUCCCCUCACUCCUCACUUAGGCUGCUGCGAUUGCAGGCUAACCUUGAAACUGCCCCAAAUUGAUUCGAGUUUUCGAUCAGCAGGAUUGUGAAUUAGCUUUCUGUCGUAGGAUUCUCUUUCUUGCUGGGUCGGAAACUGUCGUCAAAAUGGUGAACAGUCAGAAAACAAAGAGUAAGCACAAGCGUGUUUCUAUGAAGAAGAAGAGUAAGAUUUUGAAGAAGGUGAAGUUGCACUGCGAAAAGAAAGCCAAGGAGGCGAGGAAGAUAGUUCAUUACAAGGCGAAACCUAAGGAGAGGGACGCAGAAGUUUUGGAGGAUGCGCAGGUCGCUGCUAUGGAAGCCCGGCGCGCUAAAGCUAUCGAGAAUUAUGAGCAGAACCAAGCGGCGAAAAGGGAAAGGGCUGCUGCGAAGCGUAAGAUGGGAUCGGCGGGCGAUGCAGGUGACGUUGAAUUUGCGCAGCUUGCGAACAAUGCCUCCAGGAAGACUUCUGAGUUCGAUAAAGUUAAGAAACAGAAGAGUGACAGGGUUGGUACCCAAGAGCAUUCUCGAAGGCAAUUUUAUAAGGAGUUCAUGAAGGUGGUUGAGGCGUCGGAUGUGAUCAUUCAAGUGUUGGACGCAAGAGACCCUCUUGGUAGCCGUUGUUUGGAUGUAGAACGAAUGGUCCAUAAAGCUGGAGGACUUAAGCGUAUUGUUCUUCUCCUCAACAAAAUUGAUCUUGUCCCUAGAGAAGUGGCGGAAAAAUGGCUCAAGUAUCUUAGGGAAGAACUGCCAACGGUUGCAUUUAAGUGUAAUACUCAGCAACAACGAACGAAUUUGGGAAGGAAGUCUUUUACGAAUGCUACCGAGAAUGCUAAUGCUUUGCAAAGCAGCGACGCCCUUGGCGCGGAGACACUUUUGCAGCUUCUUAAAAAUUACUCCAGAAAUCAGAAGAUGAAAACAGCUAUCACAGUUGGUGUAGUUGGGUUUCCAAAUGUUGGGAAGAGUAGUCUUAUUAACAGUUUAAAGAGAACACGAGUGGCCAGUGUUGGAGCAACACCUGGUGUCACGAAGGCGAUGCAGGAGAUUCACUUGGACAAGCAUGUAAAGCUACUCGAUUGUCCUGGAAUUGUGUUCGCAGCAUCGGGCGACAAUGAAGCAUCUGCCACAUUACGAAACUGCACCAGGAUUGAACAGCUCGACGACCCUGCUACCCCAGUGAAGGAAAUAUUGCGACUGUGUCCUGCUGAGAAGUUGAAGACUAUUUAUAACAUCAAUAGCUUUAGCAACGUGGACGAGUUUCUGAUGAAUGUUGCAAUGGCUCGAGGGAAAUUGAAGAAAGGAGGUGUUGUAGAUAGUCCUGCUGCAGCCCGCAUUGUGCUUCAUGAUUGGAAUGAAGGGAAAAUACCUUACUUCACAACACCUCCUGUACGGGAAGUCAGCGAGCAUGCUGAAUUUGGGACAAUUGUGUCAGAUUGGGGCAAGGAAUUCGAUGUGGAGGCAGUAUUUCAGAACGAGGCAUCUGCUGUUAUAGCUGGUCUUCCUUCUAUUGCAGAUUCUUCACAUGUUCAAAUGUCGUCUAGUGCUCCACUCAACAUGGACGUUGAUGAUUCUCUGAUCAACCAGGCCAUGGAAGAAGAGGACAGUGACGAAGAAGAGGAAGAGGAAGAUGAGAUGGAUGCGGGUCCCAGCAUGAUGGACACAAAUGAAGUAGUUGUGAAACGAGGUAGAGCGUAUUUGAGCCAGAACGAAAGACUUUACGAUGCUGAAGGAAUUCAAAAUCCACAUGCCAAACGAGCACUCAAAAAGAAGAUGAAGAAAGCAGCUAAGAAUGGUCCUUUUCCAACGAGCAAUGGAAACGCAUCUGAUGACUACAAUUUUGAAACAGACUAUAUUGAAGAUGGAAUUACUGGAGACCAGGAGGGUGAUGGUGAGGAUGCAAUGGAGGGCGUCAAUUAGGUUCGUCCUGGAGAUGAGCACUCCUGAUGCUUGUUUAUUCAUCGACUUUUAGAUAUGCCAACGUAAGUCUCGCUCUUCAUGGAGACCUUGAAGGGGAUAGUUCCUUUCCUCAUUACUUUUUUUCCUUUCUUGUAGUCAGAGGUACAUCAUUGCUUCCCUUUUCUAAAUGUGAAGGACCAUGCGGAGUGCUUUUUCAGCUCCUAAAAUUAGUCAAAUAGUGUUAAUUCUACAGGGCGCAAGGCUUUGUAAUAGUUUUGUAGUGGUGUAAGGUGAGCCAUGACUUAAAGAGCUUGUGUCUGCUUAGGUGGAGGUACUAUGGUGUACUUGUUUCCGCGUAGUUUAGAUCAAUUAUGAGUCAAUCACUAAUUUCGUAUGUAAUCUAUUAUUUGGCCAAAAUUGAGAGCCACAGUAAAAGUACAAGUAAAAAACUCGAGGCAACUAUUCAUUUGUU